AUGGGUUCCUUUGGACUUUUCAUUGCUGUGUUAGUUGCCACGGCUGCAGCAACACCAGCGCAGGUUGCUCCGAGGGCGGGCUGCACGUUCACAGACGCUGCAACUGCCAUCAAGCAGAAAGGAUCAUGCACUUCUAUCACUCUGAGUGGCAUUGUUGUCCCUGCGGGACAGACCCUUGACCUUACCGGGCUCAAAGACAACACUCAUGUCACAUUUGCCGGCAAGACUACCUUUGGCUAUAAAGAAUGGGAAGGCCCGUUGAUUUCCAUUUCUGGCAAAGGCAUUCAGGUUGAUGGUGCUACCGGCCAUACCAUCGACUGCGGCGGCAAACGAUGGUGGGAUGGCAAAGGGGGAAACGGCGGAAAGACAAAGCCCAAAUUUUUCAGUGCUCACAACCUGAUCAACUCUAACAUCAAGUCACUCAACGUCUUGAAUACGCCGGUUCAAGCUUUCAGCAUCAACUCGGUGACUAACCUCGGCUUGUAUAACAUCAACUUGGACAACUCUCUUGGUGACUCUGAGGGGGGACACAACACCGAUGCUUUUGAUGUUGGUUCCUCUACUGGAGUUUACAUAUCUGGAGCCAUCGUGAAGAACCAGGAUGAUUGCCUUGCCGUCAACUCUGGCACCAAUGUCACCUUUACGGGCGGUAACUGCUCUGGUGGCCACGGGUUAUCAAUCGGCUCUGUCGGUGGCCGCAGUAACAACGUCGUCAAAACAGUGCGCAUCUUGAAUUCCAAGAUAUCGAAUUCAGACAACGGUGUACGCAUUAAGACCGUUUCAGGCGCAACAGGUUCUGUAUCAGACGUUGUGUAUGACAACAUUUCAUUGUCGAAUAUCGCGAAGUUUGGCAUUGUCAUUGAGCAGGAUUACAAGAAUGGCGGACCAACAGGGAAACCAACUGAUGGGGUUCCGAUCACGGAUUUAACGGUCAACAAAGUUGUUGGUACGGUCAAGUCAAGCGGUACGAAUGUGUAUAUUCUGUGCGCGGCCUGUUCGAAGUGGACGUGGACUAAUAAUGCGGUUACGGGUGGCACUAAGACGAAGAAGAAUGAAGGAGUGCCAGCAGGUGUAUCUGUGUAG